AUGACCUCGUAGCGUGUAUUCCUAACCACUAUUCCUCGACCUCUGUCGAAAACGUCACAGGGGCAAGGAAAGAUGGUUAGGAGAAGUCGUGAGGAUUUAGGGAAGGAGAGCCGCGGUGUUUAGGGAAUGCGAAUCCACUUUCACUAAGCUACGUAGUUAUGAUGCGGCGAAGGACGCAUGUUAGUGACGUCAGUCAGCAGCGGCGGAACUACAAGUUCUCCGAGGAUGAACUACAAAGAAGCGCGUCUUGGGUGCUUUCGUCCAUUUGUUGUCACGGUGCUGAGUCACGUAGACAACUAGGUUCAAAGUUUUAGUUUAUUUACAAGGCUGCAACAUAAAUAAGUUAUGCUAACGGAAACUUACGUCAUCGGCGUUUCUCAGUCGUUAUUUAGCGUGAACGGGCGAACGACAACGUUACAUCCCUAUUUAUAUACUACUUAAGGAACUGUGGAACGGCUUUUAUCUCCUUUCCUUUCGUAAAGGAUGGUCCAGUUCCUUUGCUAAAAAAGCUAUAAAGAAGUAUUGGAGCUCCUUUCCUUAGCAUUUCGACAAGGCAAAACAGGGGCGUCGGUAUGGCAGGCAGGCUCGCGCUCCCGGAGUUUGACCUCUCCUGCUCCAUAUGCUGCGAGAUCUUCAGGGACCCCGUGGUCCUCAAGUGCAGCCACAGCUUCUGCGCCCCCUGUCUGCAGCGGUACUGGACCCAGGGGCCACAGAGACGCGACUGCCCCCUGUGCAGGAGCCAGAGCGUGGACGACCCCGUGCCCAGCCUCACCCUGAGGAACCUGUGCGAGGCCUUCAUCCAGGAGGGCGAGGGUCCGGAGGAAACCGGGGGAGAGCUGCACUGUGAGCCGGGGGAGAUGUGCCCUCUGCACGGCGAGCGGCUCAAGCUUUACUGCGUCCCCGACGAGGAGCCCAUCUGCGUGGUGUGCCACACCUCCAGGAAGCACAAGCAGCACGACUGCUGCCCCGUCGGCGAGGCCGUCGUUCUGGUGAAGGCGAAGAUGAAGUCUGCCCUCAACUCAAUGAUGGAGAAGAGGGGUGCUUUUGACAAAAUGAAGAAAAACUACGAGGAUACUGUGGAAUGCAUUCAGGUCCAGGCUCGCUUUGUGGAGAGACGCACCCGCGAGGAGUUCGAGAAGCUUCACAGCUUCCUCGAUACCGAGGAGGAAGCCAGGAUGGAGGAGCUGAAGAGGGAGGAGGAGCAGAAGAGUCGGGCGCUGAGGCAGAAGAUCGAAGAGAUGGCGGGGGAUAUAGCGUCCGUGUCUGAAUCCAUCAGAGUUUUAGAGGAGGAGAUUGCUCUGCAGGGCAUCUCUGUCCUUCAUAAAUGCAAGACGUCAUUGGCAAGAGCCAGCAGCCCGAUGGAGGAUCCAGUCAUGCCCGCGGGAGCGCUCAUCGACGUGGCGAGCUAUCUGGGCUCUCUGAACUUCCACGUGUGGGAGAAGAUGCUGCAGACCGUCAAAUUCAACCCGGUGACCCUGGACCCGAACACCGCCGCCCCGUGGCUCGUCCUGUCGGAGGACCUCGCCAGCGUCUGCGACAGCGACGAGAAGCGGAAGCUGCCGGACAACCCGGAGAGGUUCGACCCGGACACGGGCGUGCUGGGCCGCGAGAGCUUCACCUCGGGCAAGCACGCCUGGGUGGUCAACGUGGGUCAGAACACGGCGUGGGUCGUCGGCGUGGCCAAAGAGUCCGUCCGGAGGAAAGAGAAAGUGUCUUCGGUGCUGAAGAACGGCUACCUGGGCGUGUACUUUUACCACAAGAUGUACUUUGCGGGCACCUCCCCUUUGACGAGGCUCAACCCCAAGAGGAACCCGCAGAGGAUCAGGGUGCAGGUGGACUGCGAGAAGGGGAGGGUUUCUUUCUACGACCCGCACGACAACACGCACAUCUACACCUUCAAGCACGCCGUCACCGAGAGGGUCUUCCCGUACUUCUGGGUGGGCUGCCAGCAGUGUCCUCUGACGCUGGAGCCGCUGGAGGUUUCUGUGAAGGCUGUUGAAUAUUUCUGAAAGUGGAUUUCCGCGUCUCAACUUUUACUUCCCCCCCCUCAGCACAAAAGGAGGAGUGACUUUUGUUUUGGUGAUUUCUGCAUGAUUUUCAGCACUUUCUUCCUGGUCCAAUGAAAUGCCUUAGACCUUCAUUUUAAAACAUACAUGGUGAAAAAUUGGUCGGUAUAUGAUUUAGUCUCAGCACUUUAAACGUUAUGUGCAAUACUAUGAGAAUUCGAAUCUACAAAUAAAGUAUUUGCUGAUCUUA